CUGGCAGAUCCAAAACGGCAUUUUUGAAUGCGUCAACUGCUUCUUCUGGUGACUGGAACCUUUGACCACGCAGUCUGUUUUCAAUUUCUUUGCUCAUUAAGAGGAAUUGUUGCAAUAUGACCCGCUUUUGACACAAAUGUCGCGACCAUCUUUUUCGAAACACUUCGAGAACGGCUGACUUUUGUUGGCUUUUCUUAACCUUGGAACACCCAAAC